AUGUCUGACAUCUCUGAUAGCUCUGAUACUUCGGGAGAGGGAAUAACUGCCAUUGACAAGGCAGAAUCAUAUGUGAAGAGGUUCAAGGCACAUGUGGACAAAGCGCUGAAGAUCAAUUCUAAGCUUAAUGAGUCCAAGUAUCAAAAUGAGGCGGAGCUUCGUAUCAAACACCAGAAAGUGUCCAACCUGCUUUCAGCUGUGGACGGUUUCAAAGAAGAGAACCGGCUUCUGAGGCAGAAGAAUGAGAGACCCCAGACCCCAGGUCCCAGGUCCCAGAUCCGCGCUCCUCGAGUGAAGAUGGCGAUCGCCCACAUGGCCACAGAGUACGUGUUCAGCGACUUCCUGCUGAAGGAGCCGCACGCCGCUCGCUACCGGAACAUCCGCACCGAGCUCGCCGCAGACAAACUGGUCACAUGUGUCGCCGUGGGGCUGCCCCUGCUCCUCAUCUCACUGGCUUUUGCUCAGGAGGUGUCUGUGGGAACUCAGAUCAGCUGCUUCUCUCCCUCAAACUUCUCCUGGAGACAAGCGGCAUAUGUGGACUCCUUCUGCUGGGCCGCCGUGCACACGCACACACUCCCCCUAUGGCUACACAAGUUCUUCCCGUACGUGCUGCUGCUGGUGGCCGUCCUCAUGUACAGCCCGGCCCUGUUCUGGAGGUUCUCUGCGGCUCCUCUGCUGCAGUCGGACCUGGCCUUCAUCAUGGAGGAGCUGGACCGAUGCUACAACAGAGCUGUCACCCUGGCCAAGCACCUGAGCUCCUCACAGAGUGACCUGAGCGAGGGCUGCUUUAACUACCCCCUGGUGGAGCGCUUCCUGAUGACCAAGCGCAGUGGGCGGAGCCUGCUGCUGUACUACCUGCUGUGCCGCGCUCUCACUCUGCUCACGCUGCUGUGCGCCUGCGUGUAUCUGGGCUACUACCUGCGCCUGGCCACGCUCACGGACGAGUUCGGCUGCGGGCUGCGGGUGGGGCUGCUGCAGGACGACCUCAGCGUCCCGGAAAAGGUGCAGUGUAAGCUGAUCGCGGUCGGCGUCUUCUCCCUGCUCAGCAUGGUGAACCUGAUCGUGUUCGUGGCUCUGGUUCCCGUGGUGAUUUACUCCAGUCUCCGCCCUCUCAUAUGUCAUGAUUGCGCCAAAUUCCUGGAAACCUACCAAUCACUGCCCACCGUGAGCGUCCUGCCCUCGCCCGGCGGCCAAUGGGACGACCUGUCUCUGUACCUGCUGUUCAUGGAGGAGAACAUCAGCGAGCUCAAGUCCUACAAAUAUAUCAAGGUGUUGGAGAUGCUCCGGAAGCGUGGAGGGGGUGCGGGGGAGGACUUUGACUCCAUGGGGCUGCUGCAGACUCUCUGUUUGGUGAAGACCGAUAAUGUGGACGGACGACAGACCGCCACAAAGACCAACAACUGUGAGUCCAGUGGGCAACAGGCAGGGGGCAGCACGGAGCCGCCCACAGAGAUGCAAGAGCUGCGUGGCCUUCUCAAAAAUCACCAGAGCUGA